AUGAUGGAAAAAGAAAAUAAUCUCUCAAUUAGGAGAGAAAUAAAUCACCCCAAUUAUGGUGAUCCUAUAUCAGGAGAUGAUGAAUCAUACAUGGUGGAUAAUGUGAUGAAUUACCAUCCUCAUAAAGUUGCAAAGAUGGAAGCUGGAUUAAAGCAUAUCAUACUAGAACUUCUGGCUGGAAACGAGAUCGUACGCCUGCCCCAGAUGAAGCUGGAACUCCACGCUAGGGCUUGGCUAGUACUCCGAUUCCAGAAGAAGCUGAAACUCCGACUGCGGACAAAUCUGGAACUCAAGGCUGGAAAACAGGUCGUCGAGCUAAAUCUAGAACACCAGGCUAGAACACAAAACUUACUCCAGCUGCAGACGAAUUUGAAACUCAAGGCUGGAACAAUGAAACUGGAGCUUCAGGUUGGAACAAGAUGUUGA